CCGGCCCCGUCCCGAGGAACCCGGAGCCGCCCCGGGCCCGCGGCCGCGAUGGCCCCGCUCCCCCCCGCAUGAAGCUGCGCGGGGCCGGGCCGGGGGCAGCGGCGGCCGGGGGCGCUCGGGGGGACGCGGGGCUGGAACCGGGAACCGGCGGCGCCGCCCCGCAGCCCCCCGCGGGUCCCGGCGCGGACGGAGCGCGGGUCUCGGCGCUGCUCGGGAGGAUGCACUUGUUCCGGAGCUCCAGCUACGAGGUGCGGCUGGAGGGGGCCGGGGGGAGCCUGCCCCCCAUCCAGGGGAUCCGCUGGACCCCGCUCCUGGACUCGGAAUCCAGCCUGGACUAUGGACACAGCAUCACCCAGGCAUCCUCGGGGCGGGUUUGGCGAGCGGGGAAGCUCCUGCUCGCCCACCUGAGCAGCGCCCGGCCCGGCCUCAUCCGCGACCACAAACGUCACCUGCGGCACCACCGGCAGUGCUGCUCGGGCAAGGCUCUCGUGGACUCGCUGCUGAGCUCGGGCGCGGUCCCCACGCGCGGCCAGGCCGUGGGCAUCGGGCAGGUGCUGCUGGACAGCGGCGUGCUGACCCACGUGCGGCAGGAGUGGCACUUCCAGGACAAGGACAGUCAGUUCUAUCGCCUCGCCGAGCCGGAGCCGAGCCCCGAGCCGGGCCCGGGGGACCCCGAGGGGCUGCCGGAGGCGCUGGGGCUGCUGGCGCAGCUCGGCCCCGACGCGCUGCUCGCCACGGCCCUGCGCAAGCCGCCCGCCCAGCGCACGCAGGACGAGCUGGAGCUGAUUUUCGAGGAGCUGCUUCACAUCAAAGCCGUGGCUCAUCUCUCCAACUCGGUGAAACGGGAGCUGGCGGCCGUGCUCGUGUUCGAGGGGCACCAGCGAGCGGGCACCGUCCUUUUCAGCCAAGGUGACAAAGGCACCUCCUGGUACAUCAUCUGGAAGGGCUCGGUCAACGUGGUCACCCACGGCAAGGGCCUGGUGGCCACCCUGCACGAGGGGGACGAUUUCGGGCAGCUGGCGCUGGUGAACGACGCGCCGCGCGCGGCCACCAUCCUGCUGCGGGAGGACAACUGCCACUUCCUGCGCGUGGACAAGCGCGACUUCCACCGCAUCCUCAAGGACGUGGAGGCCAACACGGUGCGGCUGAAGGAGCACGGGCGGGUGGUGCUGGUGCUGCAGAGGGACCUGCAGGGCGGCCCCGCGGCCUCGGCGCGCAGCGGCAGCAGGUUCCUGGUGAUGGCCGGGACCCCCGAGAAGAUCCUGGAGCACCUGCUGGAGUUCAUGAGGCUCGAUGCCACCCUCUACGACCCCGUGGACACGCUGCUGGGCGAUUUCCUGCUCACCUACACCGUGUUCAUGCCGACCUCGCAGCUCUGCCGGGCGCUGCUGCACCAUUUCCGCGCGGAGCCGCUGGAGGGCUCGGAGCGGGACAAGGCCGCCUAUUCCCUGCGCAAGCGGCGCAAGGUCCUGCGGCUCGUCAGCCAGUGGGUGCUGCUCUACGGGCGGCUGCUGCAGGGCGACCGCAGCACCACGGCCCUGCUGCAGAACCUGGCGGACCUGGCGAGCCGGGACCCCCAGCUGGGCGGGCUGGGCCAGGAGCAGGGCCAGGAGAGGCGGCGACCCCGAGCGCUGGAGAACGGUGACGGCAGCGUGUCCCCCCAACCCAAGUCCCGCAGUUCGGGAAUUUGGCUCGGGAGCCCCGAGGAGCCGAUCCUGGACAGCACCAGCGCCCUGAGAGCGCAGGACAAAGUGCCCUACGAGAUCUUCAGGGCCGACCACUCGUGCCUGGUGCCGGUGCUGCCCGUGAACGCCUCGGUGCGGGACGUGCUGCGGGCGCUGGCGCCGCGGCUGGGCCGGGACCGGGACCGGGACCGGGAGCUCGUGCUGGUCCGGGUGAACUCGGCCGGAGACAGAGCGGUGCUGCCGCAGGACGCCGUGGGCGUGUUCACGGCGCUGGGCCUCAACGAGAGGCUGUUCGUGGUCAGCGUGGACGAGCUGGGCAGCCUGACCCCCCACCCGGAGCAGCUGGGCCCCCACGCGGGUUCCUCGGACACGCUGGACCUGAUCAGCUCCAAGGAACUGGCCAGCCACCUGACGGACUAUGACUGGAGCCUCUUCAAGAGCAUCCACCAGGUGGAAAUGAUCCACUACAUCGUGGGCCCGCAGCAGUUCCACGAGGUGGCCACGGCCAACCUGGCGCGGGUGAUGCGGCGCUUCAACGAGCUGCAGUUCUGGGUGGCCACCGAGCUGUGCCUGUGCCCCGAGCUCGGGCGGCGAGCGCAGCUCCUGCGCAAGUUCAUCAAACUGGCGGCGCACCUCAAGGAGCAGAAGAACCUGAAUUCCUUCUUCGCGGUGAUGUUCGGUGUGGGCAACACGGCCGUGACCCGGCUGGCCAAGACCUGGGAGAGGUUGCCCCACAAGAUCCGGAAGCUGCACUCGGCCCUGGAGAGGAUGUUGGACCCGUCGUGGAACCACCGCGUUUACCGCCUGGCCGUGGCCAAGCUGAGCCCCCCCAUCAUCCCCUUCGUGCCCCUGCUGCUCAAAGACAUGACCUUCAUCCACGAGGGGAACCGCACGCUGGCCGAGAACCUCAUCAACUUCGAGAAGAUGCACAUGAUGGCCAAAACCGUGCGAGUCCUGCAGCGCUGCCGGGGCCACGCACACGCCCCGCUGUCCCCGCUCCGGACCCGCUCCUCGCACCGGCCCGAGGACGCCAAGGCCAUCAGGAUCUCCACGUGCUCGGAGCAGUCCCUGAGCGUGAGGAGCCCCGUGUGCACCUGGGCCUACCUGCAGCACCUGAGGGCCAUCGACAGCCAGAAGGAGCUGCUGAGGCUGUCCCGGGAGCUGGAGCCCUGAGGGGCGGGGGCUGCAGAGGGACGGGGGCUCGGAUGGAGGAUGGGGACCCGGAGCAGGGACGGGGGCUCGGACGGAGGAUGGGGACCCGGAGCAGGGAUGGGGGUUCGGAUGCAGGAUGGGGACCCGGAGAAAGGAUGGGGGCUCGGAUGGAGGAUGGGGACCCGGAGCAGGAACGGGGGCUCGGAUGGAGGAUGGGGACCCGGAGCAGGGACGGGGGCUCGGACCAAGGAUGGGGACCCGGAGCAGGGACGGGGGCUCGGACGGAGGAUGGGGACCCGGAGCAGGGACGGGGGCUCGGACGGAGGAUGGGGACCCGGAGCAGGGACGGGGGUUCGGACCAAGGAUGGCGACCCGGAGCAGGGAUGGGGGUCCUGACCAAGGAUGGGGGCUCAGAGUGAGGAGGGGAGCCCAGAGCGAGGAUGGGAGCCUGGAGCAGGGAUGGGGGUCCUGAGGCAGUUCUGACGGAGGGCGGGGGCCCAGAGCAGGGAUGGGGGCUCAGAGUGGGGAGAUGGCAGCCCGGAGCGAGGGCGCAGCCGAGCCGCCCCCGGCUCUGCUCCCGGCGGCCCCGGGCUGUGCUGGGGCUCGGCCAUGGACCCAGACCCGGCCCGGGCUGUGCUGGGGCUCGGCCAUGGACCCAGAGCGGGCCCGGGCUGUGCUGGGGCUCGGCCAUGGACCCAGACCCGGCCCGGGCUGUGCUGGGGCUCGGCCAUGGACCCAGACCCGGCCCGGGCUGUGCUGGGGCUCGGCCAUGGACCCAGAGCGGGCCCGGGCUGUGCUGGGGCUCGGCCAUGGACCCAGACCCGGCCCGGGCUGUGCUGGGGCUCGGCCAUGGACCCAGACCCGGCCCGGGCUGUGCUGGGGCUCGGCCAUGGACCCAGACCCGGCCCGGGCUGUGCUGGGGCUCGGCCAUGGAUCCAGAGCCGGCCCGGGCUGUGCUGGAGCUCGGCCACGGACCCAGAGCCGGCCCGGGCUGUGCUGGGGCUCGGCCAUGGACCCAGACCCGGCCCGGGCUGUGCUGGAGCUCGGCCACGGACCCAGAGCCGGCCCGGGCUGUGCUGGGGCUCGGCCAUGGACCCAGACCCGGCCCGGGCUGUGCUGGGGCUCGGCCAUGGACCCAGACCCGGCCCGGGCUGUGCUGGGGCUCGGCCAUGGACCCAGACCCGGCCCGGGCUGUGCUGGAGCUCGGCCAUGGACCCAGACCCGGCCCCGCUGUGCUCCGGGCGGGCGGCCGCAGCGGCGGCACAGCAAUAGAGAUAUUUUUGUACACACGG